GAGGUUGACUGGGCGCACGGGCCUCACCGCAGCUACGCCCGCGCGAAGGACCGGGAGAUCCUCUCGCUGGCCGUGCCCGCGGUGGCCAGCUCCUCCAUGGACCCCCUGUUGUCGAUCAUCGACACGUACUGGGUGUCGUCGCGAUUGGGGACCCUUGCGCUGGCCUCCUUGGGGCCCGCCCUCAACGUGGACGACUGGGUGUUCGAGAUGAUCAAGACGAUUCAGAUACCGGUGAGGUCCAUGACCUCCGAGGCGAUGGCCUCGGGCAGCGAGGACGCCGUGAGGCGAAGCAUUUUCGUGGCCCUCUGCCUCAGCCUGAGGGUGGGCCUCAUUGUCGCGGUGGUGGGCUCGCUCUGCUGCGGCUGGCUGCUGCGGCUGGCGGGGGUGGGCCCCGGCUCGGAGCUCUUCGAGCCCGCGAGGGCUUACCUGGUCCCCAGGCUGUGGGGCACGCCCGGGCUCCUGGUGCUCCUCGUUCUGCAGGCGGCCCUGUCGGGCGCGUUCCGGAGCACCGGGGCGGUCCUGCGCCUCGUCCUGCUCGGGGCGGCCGUGAACGCGGCGCUGACCCCGGCCCUGGUGGUCCACGCGCGGCUGGGCACCGCAGGGGCCGCGCUGGCCACCGUGGCCGCUUGCUACGUCAUGGCCCUCGCCGCCUGGCGGGCCCUGUCGGGGCGGGGCUCGGGCGGCGCCUCCUGGGUGCCGCCCGCGGGCGCCCUCGGGGCCGCCGCCCUGCUCGGGCGCGGCGCGGGUCCGGGCGCGGACAGGGGGUGGUCGGCGCUGCUCCGCGCGAACGCGGCGCUGACGGUGCGCACGUUCGCGUCCAUCACCACGUGGCUGGCGGCGGGCGCCCUCGUGGCGCACCGCGCGGGCACCGCGCAGCUGGCCGCACACCUGUGUGCCACCAAGGUGCUGGUGAGCGCCGACGUCGCCCGGGGGGCCCCGCGGCAUGCGCGGUGGGUGGUCUGGCGGACGCUGCGCUUCAGCGUGGCCGCGGGGCUGGCCGCUGCGGCGACGAUGUGGUGGGGCAGGGCGGGAAUCGCCGCUCUGCUCACGGGCGAUCCGUCCGUCGCCGCCGAGUUUGGGGAGCUCGCCAUGCCCGCGGCCACGAUGCUGCUGCAGUAUGGCGUGCUCUGGAUCCUGGACGGGACCCUGUAUGGGCUCGGAGACUACGUGUGGCUUGCCGGGUGCGUGUCUGCGGCGGCGUCUGCAUCCGUGGUAUCGAUGUGUUUGCUCGGCCGCUCGGCGCGGAGCAUAUGGUGGUGCCUGAACGUCCUCACGCUGCUGCGCAGCGUGGCGGUGUGCCACCGCGUCUUCUUCGACUCGAGCUCUCCUUUGGCACCCGAUUCUCGGAGAGCUCGGCGAGGGCGGUGA